AGCCGCCCUUGGGAGGUUUAUUCUCGCGUUGCUGACCCAAGGUCUCCUAGUUAGGCUGGUCCGGUGGGAGGCGGGGCAGCAGGACACACCCCCGCGCCGAGAACCCGUGGCUCAGGCCGCUGCCGCCGUUUUGCCAACAGCGGCCCUACCCCACCCCUAAUCCUCUUUCCGCCGCGUCUCAGGGCCUGUAUGGCCACGUCAGUAACUUGGGCUUCUGGAUUCUCCGCAGGACAUUCAUUCUGCACCCUUGCAGAGAACAGAACCUUAAGGAGACUGACAUAAGCUUUUGGGAAAAGGGUGUUGAUGGACAGGUGGUGAUGGGUUUUCCUUUUCCCGCAGAGGCCCCUGGGCCUCCUGCACAAGAGAGCAUCCUGGAUCUUUUAAGUAUGGGAAGCCAUUUGGGGUCUCCCCAGUGGAUUGUCCUUCCCCUGGGAUCGGUCCCUGCCUCUUUCUCCUUGUCCUGUCUCCAUCUAAUCUCCGUGUAACCAUUGCAUCAGGCUAGCCCCCUGCUUGGCUCCGCAGCCCUCUGGCCCGGGGCUCCACUGCUGAUGAAAGCUACGUCCCACACACUGGAAGGCAAGGAGGGUCCCCCAGGGAGGACAGCCCUGCAGAGAAACACUCAGGACGAUAUUGCAUCUACAGUCUCCAGGGAUAGGCAGCUGCCUCUCUGCCUCUGGGCUUCGUUCUUUCCCUUUGAGGGAUUGGAGAGAAUUUAUCCAUUCAUUCCUAACAAAUACUUAACUAGCACCUACUAUGAGCCAUUCAGUUUGGGGCCCAGGAUACAUCCAUGAACAAGAGAGGAAAAAAGCUCUGCUCUCACAGAGCUUACAGUGGGAAGAGUAGACUAAGCAAAUACUUAAGUGCCACGCAAAAAAACUAAAGCACAGAAGGGUGGAGAAUGCUGCGUGGAGGUUACAGUUUACAUUGGGUGGUCAGGGAUCCCCUCACUGAGGUGACAUUUAAAUUGAAAGACCUAAAAAGAGGCAAGGCAGUAAGCCAUGCAAAAAGAUAUGUGGAAGAGCUUUCCAGGAGAAGGAACAGCAAGAGCAGAAGUCCCAAGGUGGGAGCCUGCAUAGUAUCUAGGGAAUUGGAGGCUGGUUGGCUGGAAUAGAGUGAGCAAGGGGGAGAGUGGAGAGUGGCCAGUGAGAAAAGCAGGGCAAGGAAAGAACAGACUGUGUCCGGCCUUCUAAGCCAUUUUAAGGACUUUAGCCUUUUACAGGUGUGAAAUUAGAAGGUUUUGAACAGAGGAGUGACACGACCUGGCUUAAGUUUUAACAGGCUCACUUUGGCGGCUGUUGUGAAUAGACUCUGGGAAGGGUGGCAGGAGCAGAAACUGGGAGACCUGCAGUCAAGGGACUUCUGCGUUGUGUUCCAGAAGGAAGUGUAUCUUCAUACAUCAUCACACCUGAAAGCAGAGCCUGAUCCAGCCGUAGAGAUGGCAGCUGAGUCACUGCCUUUCUCCUUCGGGACACUGUCCAGCUGGGAGCUGGAGGCCUGGUAUGAGGACCUGCAGGAGGUGCUGUCCUCAGAUGAAAAUGGGGGUUCCUAUGUCUCACCCCCUGGAAAUGAGGAGGAAGAAUCAAAAACCUUCACCACUCUUGACCCUGCCUCUCUGGCUUGGCUGACUGAGGAGCAAGGAACAACAGAGGUCACAAGCACCUCCCAGAGCCCCUGCUCUCCAGAUUCUAGUCGGAGCUCUCUGGCUCAGGAGGAAGAGGAGGAAGACCAAAGAAGACCCAGGAAACGGAAACGGAGUGGCCAGUCCCCGGCCCGGACUGGAAAGCAACGCAUGAAGGAGAAAGAACAAGAGAACGAAAGGAAAGUGACACAGCUCGCCCAAGAGAACGAACGGCUCAAGCAGGAAAUCGAGCGCCUGUCCAGGGAAGUGGAGGCGACUCGCAGGGCUCUGAUUGACCGGAUGGUUAAUCUGCACCAAGCGUGAACAAUUGGGACCAGCACUUCCCCUCAGGCCACUACUUACCUUUCCUAGAAGAGGCUGUGGACCACCUGCUCACCAGUGCCGACGAUGUACCCUCAACCCCAUCUGUUCAGCAGGGAGAAAGCUUAGGGUCGACAACAGGAAAGGGUCGCAGCAUGUAUAUAGAAUUGUGUAUUUAUUGAUUACUGUUCCUGUCCAUUAAAGUGACUUUCUA